AUGUCCGUCCCACAGGUACCUCCUCGUCCCGCUCGCUCGCAGCAGCAGCAUCCCAAUAUGGCUGCGCCGGAUAUCCCCCAAAUCCCCCCACGGCCGGGAGAACGUCGAACCUUGGAACGUUCCCAAUCGCCAAACCGGGACAGUUUCGCCCGGUCUCCUUUCCAUGAGCCUCCUCUGGGCAUGAGCCUCGGGAACAAGAGUGGGGCCACAUACACCCAAAACGCCUCCAUUUCCAAUUUGGACCUUCCGCAACGUCCGCCAAGUGUCUCUUUGCCAUCGAUCGGGCAAGAAGGAAACGAAUACGCAGAAAUCAAGUACAAAGACGAGUCUGCAGCGGCCGAGCCAGAAGGCAGCGGUAAUGAGCCGCAAGAGACAAGAAAUGUCGGCAGUGAUUUGCCUUUACAUGCCCCAAGGCCAUCCUUCUCCAACUCUACGGCCAAAGCUAGGGUCUCAACGGUCACUCGUACUGACUCAACUCAAGCAGCUGCAGCAGGCAUUGGGAAAGCGCUUCCUUUAGUCGACGACAAGGAUCCUCAGGACCGUGUGCUGAAACCUAGAGUGAGCUUCCGCACAGCAUCUUCCGCAUCCACCGAACGUCCUGGUUCUGCACAAGCCGAGGAUGAUCGUGGCAUUCCUGAGAUCGGGCAGCGGGUGCCUAUGUACCCAGAUGCCGGAGAUGUUCAGGCACCGUCUCCGUCUCCUUUCCAGCAACAGUUCCCCACUGCUGUCGGAUUCCAUAACUCUGGUAUGCAGAAGCCUUCUAGGCAUCAUCGUAGAACGCCCAGCGGCAGAGAAAUCUUACCUCCCGGAAGCUACGGAAUGCAUGGCCAUGGUGUUCCGUCUACGGAUCAGUUCGAGAGGUCCUGGUACGAGAAGCAUCCUGAGGCCCUUGAAAAGGAAGAGCAUGGACAGUAUGGGCCGGGUAUUGGUGGUGGUAGAGGCGAAUGGGCUCUCAGCAGUGACGAUCUCAAUAAGCUGGUCCGGGAAACUUCAAGAUCUGGACCUAAUACGCCUGGAUUGCCAAAUGAGCAAAUUGGGUAUAUCGCUUCAGAAGAAUAUGCCUCUCGUCUGAACACCCCGGCGUCUGCGACCUUCCAUAGACCAUUGCACUCAAACCACUCACAACCACACGUCGAGUCACCUCUUCGUAAACAAAGCUUCCCUGUCGAUGCCGAAACUAGCUACGGACUCGAGAAGAAGGAUUCCCAUGCUUCUCACCGUCUCUCGUCAGAGCAUGCUUUGGAGAGUGAGACAGAAGACGACGAACUCUACGUUUCUCCACCGACCGUCCGAAAGAGCAAGAUCCAUGGAAACGGCUAUGAUCCGCCCACAGUGGAUCUUGGACCGCGUGGAGGCAACACUGAAGCCGUAGGCGGCUUUAUUGAAGAGCGAGGCCACGGCGUGCCCAUACUCGCCUCGGACGAAGUCGCCAAGACACCCGAGGCAGAAUACCAGCAGCCUGCUGUUUCUCCGGCCCAAGAACGAAGAGGCAGCAACUACUAUUCUGGUGUCGACUCGGAAUACCAAAGUGGAUUUAAGAUCGGUAGUCGCUCUGGUAGCGCGUCCAACAGCAGACCAACGAGUCGGCCUGGUAGUAUUUAUUCACUUCCAACUCUGUCAAGAUUCUCAAUUCACGAUGAGGACCGUGAAAACAUGCAUACACCAUUGGAAGAUGUCGAUGAAUACGAGCCCCUCUUUCCUGAUGAAGAAGGAAAUAAGAGACCAGUCACUGCAGCCGAACGUCUCAAGCUCCGCGAACAAAUGAAAAGAUUUCCUAGUAAGGAUAUCUGGGAAGACACACCAAACAGUCUGCAGCUCCAAGCUACCGUGGAGACCCCCGAGCCAUCCAAUGAGCAGUCUGAUCCAUUUGACAAGGCGCCUGCUACAGUUUUUGAGACGCCUGAGCAAGAGAGUGCUCGCAAAGGCGAGGUCAGCGAAGAGGAGAAAGCGAAGUUGAUAUCUAGAGAAGAGAGACUAGCCAAGUCAAACUUCAAGCCUCAUCUCCGUCAAGAGAUGCACAGGCCUGGGUUAGCACAAAGAUUUCCGAGUAGAGAUAUUUGGGAAGACUCGCCGGAUAGCGCUCGCCUUGAGACCACAGUGGGAGACUCACAGGUCAGCGAUCCCAAAAGCCCCCCGGACGAAGGUCUGGAAGCUGGUGCAGUAGUCCAAACUUCUGGAGCACCAAAAGAAGGCAUCAUUGCAGGAGAACAAGCUCGAGAUGGGGCAACUGCUGGUGCAGCCGCUGCCAAGCCUCAUAUCCCCCCAAGACCCAAUAAAAGCAAGGUAUCGCCGCCGUCCGCGGACCUAGGCCAAGCUCCACCAUCUAUCCCGGUUCGCCCACCAAGAAGGGUUCAUCAAGUCCCUCCUGCCGAUGCGCAGGUUCCGAUCGUCCCGUCAAGGCCUUCAGCCAUUGAGGCAAAGCAGCCAUCUCCAACUGAGACUCGAAAGGGUCCAAUACUGCCUGAACGGCCAAAACCGCAAGUUCCAGUACGCCCAGCUAAACCUGUUGGCCGCGACUCCUCAGAGAGUGUGUCAUUGUCCAAGACCACAUCAAUAUCUUCUGUGGGCAGUGAUGGAGCAAUUACUAAGGAAUUGACUUCUCCGCCUCCAGCGCCGAAACCGAAACCUGCGGUUCCUGCACGGCCUGCAGGAGGCAAGAUUGCUUCAUUGAAAGCUGGCUUUCUGUCUGAUCUAGAUUCACGGUUGAAGCUUGGUCCGCAAGGCCCCAAGCCUCAAGAAAAGGUAGAGCCAGAGGUAGAGGAGGAGAAAGCUCCUUUAGCUGAUGCGAGAAAGGGUCGUGCUAAAGGUCCGGUGAGACGCAAGCCAGCGGCUCCUACGACCACAGAGUUGGCAGCUGCGGAGGGCCAGGAAGACAAGGCAGAUGCGAGAAACUGGCAGAUGCAGAAACCAUGGACCGUUUGGGAACACGAUGGAGCUUUAAAGGUUGGACAGCAAAUAUCGAGCACGCUGGGGGUAGAAGCUAUUUCGCCGGAAGACGUCUUCAAAGCCGCUUAUUUCCCAGUAGCAGACAGUCAAACGGACGGUACGGAUGAUGCAAAAGACAUGCACCAAGCCAAGCUGGCAGUCGAGGAGUCUCUGAUGGCCAAUGAGCCGUUGACACAAAAAGAAGUUCAAGCACCAGAUGCAUUUCACGCACCGGGGGCAUCAGAACUGCCCACCCCAACAGCAGAAAAGGCAGAUCCGCUCAGCAGGGAAGCUACACCAGGCCCUUCGUCGUCGUCGUCUGUCCUGCCACCGACUGAGACAAACACGCAAAGGCAGACGGAGGAGAAAACGACACUGCUCAAUCCUGGCAACAAGAUCGACAAGACACCAACUUCCACUAACGCUGGAGAAGCACAAGGCAGCGCAGAAAAGGGGGAUACACUCUAG